AUGGAAAAUCCGUGUAUUAUGGAUAAAAAGGAUGAGAUCCUGGAAAACAUGCCCUUAGAGAGGAAAGGACAACUACCCAUCAUAUCCAUGGAACGUAGUACGAUAAAUGUUUAUUUUUGGAUUUUGCUGACAGUACUGAUAUGCUGGGUAGUAAGAUGUGGUAAGCUGUACGGCUAUUCAUUCCCAGUGUAUACCACACUAUCUUGUCCCAGGAACAAAUCAGAAUGGAGAAAUAGGUCAUCUGACCUAAACUGUACAGAGAGUAAUGGAUACAUGUGUAUACCUAACGAGAACAUCACAGAGCUGUUGGAGUUUUGUUACAGAUAUCCAAGGAUACCGAUUGAAAAGAAUAUCUGUUUGAUUCUGAAGAAAUCGACGUCUCUUGUUGAAGCCUACAGCUGCCCACAAUUUAAAAAUGGAUGUCCAGAUAAGCAGUACUGGAGCGAUGAAAUUUUCAAAUAUCAAAACUGCCUAUCUAUUGGAAACAGAUGUUCUCUUGCUGAGCCUCACUGCAAUGAACAAGGCUGUCUGUGUGCUAGUAAUCAUUAUAAGAGGAGGAAAACAGAAGACUUUUGGCGGUAUGAAAUAACGGAGCCUCACAAGGGGAAGGAUGAUAUCCCCUAUAGAAGACACAGAUUAAGAGAAAGAGAAAUAAAUAACAUGGAUAAAAUAAACAGAGUAAAAACUGAGGAAGAGGGAGGAGAAAAGAAGUCCAAUGAUGAAUCCUUGAAAAAUUAUAUAGCAGGAAAACAUGACAACACACUACAUUUAGAUGAAACCAACGAGACGACAGACUCCUCAUCUGAAGACAAUAGGGAAAAAGAAUAUUUCUCACUGGAUGAAGACGUUCCAGAGGGGAUAAACAGUUAUUCAAAACAGCUGGAGGACAGUGAUAGAAUCAGUUUGGAAGAGCUUAGGAGAGCUGGAAUACAUCUUGAUGGCUACGAAGUGUGGAAAACAGAGAUGUCAGAAAAAUACAAGCAGUUGUCAAAUGAGGAACGUGCUGCUUUAUUUCUCCUCCUCUGCAGCAAUAAAAAUACCUUUAUUUUGGAAAACACAGAAAUAUUUACAAAAAGAGUAUAUGAAAUUUGUGGUGCAAAAUACGUUUCAAAGAGCAUAAGUGAUAGUAUUCAAGCAUUGCAAUCGAAAGGAUUCGUAUCCAUUGAGAACGAAAAAGUGACAUUUGCUUCAGAUGGUGUCCAAGACGAGACAAUGUUUGAUUACUUACACACAUGUUGGAAGAGGAGCACAGGUGACAGCCAAGACGAGUUCACGCCUAAAUACACGUUUAUUAACAGAAAUUGGAGAAUAAAUAGUCAAUAUGGUCCCUUUAUUAAGAGACAGUUACUUAAUGUGUCGCUAGAGAGUUCUGGACAUUAG